AUGGAAAGAGACAGCAUUCGCUAUGUACAAAAGUGUUAUCAAUGUCAAGUUCACGGAGAUUUCAUUCGAGUUCCCCCAAAUGAGCUCAAUGUAAUGGGCUCCCCUUGGCCGUUCGCCGCUUGGGGCAUGGAUGUGAUUGGACCUAUCGAACCCCCUGCAUCAAAUGGACAUCGCUUCAUCUUGGUGGCCAUCGAUUAUUUCACUAAAUGGGUCGAAGCUUCAACGUAUAAGGCAGUAACAAAGAAGGUGGUAGCAGAUUUUGUUCGCAACAAUAUAGUUUGCCGAUUUGGGAUUCCAGAGUCAAUUAUCACGUAUAAUGCGACCAAUCUCAACAGCGAUCUUAUGAGAGAGACUUGUGAAAAGUUUAGGAUUGCCCACCGAAAUUCCACAGCUUAUCGACCACAGAUGAAUGGAGCAGUCGAGGCAGCAAAUAAGAACAUCAAGAAGAUCUUGAGGAAGAUAACAGACAGUCACAGGCAAUGGCAUGAGAAGUUGCCAUAUGCUUUGCUUGGUUACCGUACCACUGCUAGAACAUCCACAGGAGCAACUCCCUAUAUGCUGGUCUAUGGCUCCGAAGCUGUGAUACCUGCAGAAGUAGAGAUACCUUCUCUAAGGAUUAUCCAAGAUGUUGGUUUGGACGAUGCAGAAUGGAUACGUAGUAGACACGAACAGCUGAUGCUCAUUGAUGAGAAAAGGAUGGACGCCGUGUCGUCACGGGCGAACUUUAUCGAAUAG